AAGUUUAAGACGAGGAGCCGAAGAGAACGACCGCUGGGUGCGUCGGAAUGCAAAACGCGCCUGAAAACAAAAUCAAAAUAAAUACGAAAUCAACAAAAUAUAUUUAAAAAUUGCAAAAAAUAAAUGAAACACAGCCUUGUGGGGAUAUUAAAUGACAGACAAAGAUAAAAAUAAGUAGACAACCGUUGGAAUAUGUUUUUUUAUAUGUGCAUAAAUAUUGAAACAAGCUGUGCGGCUGAUUGCAAAUCAGAACUGAAAGCACUUAACGAAAGUGCUGUCAUGGUAAAUCUUAUCGAAGACUGAAAAACGAUAUCAGUAAAGCGUAAAAAACCAACCAACACUUUUUACGAACGGAAACACACACUGCAAAAUCGAAAGCCAAUUGCAGCUAUAACAACAACAAUGACGGACUACCAGCUGUAUCUGGAGACAGCAGGGCAAUGGCUGAGUCACCUGCCCUACCUGCUUGUGGCCUAUGUGCUGCUCACUCUGCUGCCCAAGUCGAUGAUGCGGAUAAAGCGCUACGCGGACGCAGAUUUCGAGGCAAAUCGUCACAAAUUCCACCGCUGCUACGGCCCCGAGCUGUGCUGCCACGUCCAUGCCCAGGAUCCGCCAGUCAAGCAAAAGCAGCGCAAACCCGUAACGCGCGUCUAUCCGAAACGACAUCAGACGCAGACGACGGAGCAGCCAGCGGCAGCGCCCACUGUGAAGCGCAACAAUGUGACCAAGAUUGCGCGCAUGUUCGAGUCGGGCAAUGCGACGCGGCAGGUGAGCCGCGUCACGCCGGAGAUUCGGAUGUUUGGCGCGAGCGAGGAGUCCGGCGAGUCGACGCCGUGCGCCUCGCGCAAGGGCAGCAUAGCCACGCAGCUGACGGCGCAGCUGCAGCACAUCGAGCAGGCCAUGCAACUGUGGCAGGAGCUGGAGGAGGAGCAGCAACAAGCUGAACAGAAACCACCAAAGGUCUGCGAUUGGGAACCUAUGGCGGUGCCUCUGCCCGCUCUGAGACGUACGUGCGGCACCUCAGCCACGCCUUCGACUGCAUCACCGCUGUCCAGCUCGCCGGAGCCCACGUCGCCGGUGCUGCUGCGCCAGCCGCCAGCACUUUGGCUCAAGUCCAGCAUGGAGGACAUCUUCCAGGCCAUAGCACGCAGCGCUGAGGAGCCUGUGGACUACAACAGUCUUGCGCCCAUUACCUGCAUCGACGAUAUAAUCUCCGAGCGCAGGUUCUCACGGCCUCUAUCCGCCUACUCCAUUACAGAUCUGCUCAACGAGGAGCACGAGGGUCCAUUUGUGAACGAGACGACCCUCCUUCAGCUGGGCAACAGUUGAGCAGCAGCUACGAGAUUGUCAAUCUCUCCGAGAUCCGAGUGAAUGCAUGAACUGACAUCCAAUAAGCUGUUCACUUGGUCGGUCAAUCGUGCCAUGUACGAACUCAGAAGUCUUCCAGCCCGAACUCUUCCUCCCCCAUUACCUCUCCUCAAUCGACACUUGCCUUUGUGACUCACAGAUUCGAGUCCGACUCAAGUCAGCUUCUUAGAUGUAAUCAUUAUGCGAUAUACCACGCCUCUUUCCUGACUGACUUUUCCAGUUGCAUUUUGUUUGUUUAAUUGAUGAAAACUUAAACAGAUAAAAAGCACUUUGCACAACAGUUGUUGGUUUCGUUAUCAAUAAAAUGAUUAUUAAUGAAUAUCGCUUAAAAUUACAAAUGAGCUAACUUAGUUAUCCUUUUGGACUUUAAGCUGGUUCCCCUUUCUCAGUUCUCAGUUGUAAUAUUAAAAGUAAUUUAAUUACACAAGUGAAACCUAAAACAGCAAAGUACUAAUAUAUUUCAAGUACUUACAAUAUAAUUUUAUUAAAUGAUGUGGUAUUACUUUCAUAGACUAUAAACAACAAAAUACGCGUAUUAUAAACUUAUUAAUAAAUUG